AUGGCGCUGCCAUCACAGUCCGUCAUCGAGCCGGACAGCGUGGGAUCUGACGAGAACGACGACGACACGAUUCUCACGGACUACGCCUCCAUUGCCUCUACCAUCCCCAACUACAUAUACCAGAAUGGCCGCCGCUAUCAUUCUCACCAGUCUGACCAAUAUCUUCUCCCAAACGAUGAACGAGAGCAGGAGCGGCUGGACUAUAUGCACCAUAUGUUUCUGCUGACGCUCGACGGUGAAUUGUGUCAUACAAAACUGGAGAAUCCCCAGCACAUCCUAGAUAUCGGCACGGGAACUGGAAUUUGGGCCAUUGAAAUGGCUGAGAUAUACCCAUCUGCAGAGGUCACUGGUACCGAUAUUUCUCCUAUACAAACCAGCUGGGCUCCACCGAAUGUCCAAUUUCUUGUUGACGAUGCCGUCCAAGAAUGGACACUACCUGAGGCCUCCUUUGAUUUUGUUCAUGUCCGCACAUUAGCCGGAAGCAUAACAGAUUGGCCAGCCUUCAUCGAAAGGUGCUACAGGAGGCCAAAUAGAAUUAUCCGAGUGUCGAUUGCAGAUGAUGAGUUCAUGAAAAUUGCCGAGGAAGCCAAGAUAGAGCUUGAUCCGUUCCCUCGGUACGCAGACUGGCUGCAGGAUGCGGGAUUCCAAAAUGUCGAUCAAGUCGAGAAAGUUGUCCCUAUUGGUACCUGGCCUAAGGACAGGGUUUUGAAAACUCGUGGUCGUUAUUUUAUGGCACAGUUCUUGAACAAUGGACUUGAAACGUAUACGCUGUCGCUGUUUACUCGUUGUGCGGGCUGGCAGCCGGAGGACGUCCAUUCCUUGUUGGGUGGCGUCGUAGAAGAAGUCAGUUCCAACAAGAUGCAUCUAUAUACUCACUUCUCUUUUGUGACGGCGAAAAAACCGGCAUAA